CAGACUGGAAGUGGUCUUAACAGCGAUUUUAAAGGAAAUGUGAACAGUCAGUUGCUAACGUGUCAUCCGAGGAACAUGCUGUUGGCGUUUCUGCUGCUCGCGUUCGCGUUUGCGGACUGUUACGAUCCCAGGAUAAUAGGAGGAUCCAGUACGACAAUCAACCAGUACCCAUAUCAGGUGUCUAUCCACUUUAAUGGCAAGCUUAUAUGCGGUGGUUCCAUAAUCAGCCCGGACUGGGUGUUAACGGCGGCGCAUUGUGUCUACGGGUAUAACCCAUCGUCUUUUACAAUUCGUACCAAGAGCACUUAUGGCUACCAAGAUGGUACAUUGAUCACCGGGAUACAAAGAAUAUACACUCAUGAUUAUUACGAUGACGAAACCGACGAAUACGACGCUGCUUUGAUAAAGCUCCCAUCACCGAUAAAGGUAGACGCGAAUGCGAGGCCGAUCGGCUUGCCGUCUCCAGGCAGCUCUGUGCCGACCGGAAGUGUCGCCGUGGUAACAGGAUGGGGCUACACGUCGGUUGGGGGAUCGACACCGAGCAAGUUGCAGGUAUUGAAUGCGCCAGUCGUCGAUCAAAACACUUGUAAAAAGAUCUAUGCCACCAAGUACAAGGAAGUGACGAAGGCGAUGCUGUGCGCUGGCACUAUGGUGGGUGGCCAGGACACUUGUCAGGGAGACUCAGGUGGUCCUCUGGUGUACAAAGAUGUUCAAAUUGGUAUCGUAUCCUGGGGCUUCGAAUGCGCGAGACCUGGAUUUCCUGGAGUAUACACGCGAGUGUCCGAAGUGCGCUCCUGGAUAGACAAAACUCGCCGAAGUAUAAAAUAAAUAUCUUUCGGUGUACGCCUCGAGCAAAGAUUAAUUUUUCCUCGUUCAUUGUGAACGUGCUUCUAUCCAAUAAAAAGAGAACACCGAUGAAAAUUGAUCCUAUUAAUUUUUCAUAUAAAUACAUUCCAAGUUUAAGUCACUAAUUUAUAGUUUUUGUACUAAGCGAAAAAAAGACGUUGAAAGGAGUCUUUAAAAAAGUAUAUUGAAAACGAAUCAGCGUAACUUAAUGAACACUGAUUGCUUCGCAGAAAUUAACAAGUCGCUCGUAUCUCGGAAUUUCGAAGUGAAUUACGGAUUCAAUGUUCAGAAAGAUGGUAAUCUCGGGAUGUUAAUACCUCGUUCGUUUCGAAUCGGAAAGUGAUUCGGUGAAAUUAAUAUGGGUCAGAAUUUUCGCGGCUUGUCAGAUAAAUUUGGCGCGGAAAGAGCAGAUUUAAUAUUUGAUAUGGCGCCAAUGUAUCCACCGCGUGCGACGACAGUCAAUUAAAUUAUCGAAGGAACUCUUCCGCAAGCGUUCCGGAACAAUUAAUGCUUCUUGUGCCGCGAAAUACGAUGAUUAACCAAUUCACUUUCCAUCCGACCGAGGAUUGUGUUCAGAACCGUAUUACCGUUAAUUUUCCAGGAAGGGCUGCGCAAUUUUAAGUGCCAUUGAAGCAUAUCGACGAAUUCGGCUUGCAACAUUAUCUUAAUGACGGUUCUGCUUAAAAGCCGCUGGAAAUCGAUUCUGGUUGCAAUCAAUUUGUUAAUGCUUUGCGAAAUCUUCGCUUUCAUUAAAUAAUUGUCCUUUUAUUCAUAAUUACAUUUACAAUUCCAGAAUCAAUCACGGAAUUAAAUUUCGUGGGAACAAAUAUAAGAAAUUUGAUCUUUAAGUAGUACUAAUUAAUAAAUGAAUUACUAUUUUAAGGUUAUGUAUUAAAUAACGCAAAUGUAACGAAAUUUCUGUAAAAAAAUGUAAAGAGUUUUGUGGAAAAAAGGUAUUGAGAAAAAAGAAAAAAAAUAACGUAAUACAUGAACAUUUCAUUGUGUGGAUGUCAGUUAUUCGAACAGAGUAUUUAUUAGCAAUUAAUGUUCUAAUUGAACGAUCAUUUUGCGCGGUAACUGAUAUCAAUAAAUUUAUGCAAUUUAAUGAUUAGGGGGGUAUAUUAUUAAUACACAGAUAUUUAAGCCAACUGCUAGUAUUUAUAACCUCUAUUUAAAUAAUUGUCAUUUAAGUGUCAAUAAAAUAGUGGUUCCACUAUUCGAAGAUUUCUUCAUUCGAACAGUUACGUCUCCCUAUUAAUGUGAAUAUGGGAGUAUAAUAUUAGUUGUCCACAAUGAGAUCUUCAUUAAAUAUCUAGCAAAUAAGUUAUUUCUAUGAAAGGCGAAUAAAAUAUUCUCAAGAGAUAAUUAUAUAAAACAUUAAAAACAAUCUUAAACAUAAAUGCUAGGGUUCAACCCAUUUUGAGAAAAAUACACGAAAAAUAAAGAAGUUCUGCAGUUUAACAGAAAAAAUGACUUUUUUCGCUAAAUAAUUUUAGCUUAUAUCGUUUAAAAUGUGCUACAAAUGAAAAAUAAAAUGAUGAUUACAUAUUCAAUUUCUCAUGUGUAACGAAUAAAAUAUAUUUCGUUUUAAGUCGAUCGACCAAUCAGUUUUCCUGUUAUCGUGCACACCAAUUUAAAAAACGCAUAGUUUCAAGAAAAAUGUGUAUGAAGCCUCCCGAUUCAUACCUUACAGGUCUUACAUUUUAGAUGUUUUAGUUUCAGCGAAUAAAUUCGAUCUAAUUUUCCCAAAGUUCCUCUUUUUUUAAUAUUUCAAAGCCGAGUUGUUUAACAUGUUUAACACAUUUAGUUUUCUUAAUUUUUAUAUUUUCGUCAUCUCAUCAUUAUCGUAAGUCUCUGAUGUGUAACUGUGAUGUAUCGUACUAUUGAUCUAUGAUAAAAAGAAAACUCGAUGUUUUUGACUCGUCAUACCAAAAUCUCACCUUUCACGUUCGCGACCACAUAAGCGCUUAUGUAUGACAUAGUGAUUCGUUUAAAGUGUCUAUGUGUGACGAUGUUGAUUACCAUUGCUAUGAUGAUACUACCAUGUACUUGGCGUACGGUAUAACCUAUUGUCACUUUGGCUAUAUCAAAAUAUCAUAGACGUAUGAUAUUCAUGUGAAAUGUUUUGUUUGAUUUAUUAAUUAUGUUUUAAAUGUGUAAAAGUUAUAUGAUUAACAUAUGGCGUGUAGGGUAUUUCAAAUUCGACUGCGGUCGCGAACGUGUUAAUAUGGGUUGAAAUUGUUACUUUUACUGAUAGAAAUGGACAAGGUCAGCAUAUACUUCGUAAAAUUAAAGUUAAUUAAUGUAAUUGAAGAGAAAUGGUUGUUAUGACAAUCAUAAUAAAUAGACCACGAAGCAAAAGAAACGGUGGCAAAUACUUUGCGAAUCGCUAAAUUGACAUUAUUUAUUCAAAGGAUUAUUUGAAACUACGUUAUACUACUCUAUUCGAGUUUUAUGAAAGCAAAAGGUUAGUACAAAAGCGCAGAGGAACACAACGUUUCAACUAGAUUAUUUGAUGUACUUAUUUGGCGGUCUCUCAUCUUUCUUCUUCUAAUUAUUAGAGAUGUACGUAAAAUAUAUUUAAUAUUGCAUAAUGUGUUCCGUAUUUAGGUCUGGUUCAUGUUUAUGUUGGUACAUAAUAAACUUAAUAAUUAUCAAUUACAGUUAUCCUUAUUCGUUAUUAUUUAUAAUUAUGUAGUAAAUACCAAGAAGAAUACCUAAAAUUCGUACUUAUUAAAUUUAUUACGUGGUAACAUAUUAAGAAAAUCAUUCCAAUUCUAAUCAAAACACGAUCAAUGAGUAUAAUAUGAUUGUAAUAUCGAAUAUUGUACAUUUCUUAAACUAACUUGUCAGAUCGAACGAGAACGGAGUGAUUAAGCGUUGCAGUGAUGCGUCUAUACGAAUUCAAGAGUGUUCAUAACGAUGACAGCUUUUACUGAAUUUCUUAUUGAGAAAGCUAUCUUUAACAUUAACUAAUCACAAAUCUAAUAUAUGUAUAAACAUUAAUAUAUAAAAUUUAUGUAAAUCU